AGUAUUUUCCAUAAUGCAGGCAACAUGGUCUGCUUACGACUCGAAUGCACAUCAGUGUUUCUCUUCAUAUCAUUUGGAUUGUUAACGGCGCAGACCAACGUAUGCCCACCAGACUCCGAAAACAUAACACAACGUGCAUUUGGAUGGUUCAACAACCGCGCUUACCUACAGCAGGGCAUUUGGUACACCAUUGCCUGUCCAACAUUCCGUCCUGGAGAAAAACUGGAUAAUGUGGUAUGGCGCAAAAGACCGAAUGCUGAACAUCCGACGACAGUCAGUCUCAUUGGCCGUGAUUUCCACAAUCCUAACAAUAACUACGCCGAUAGCGACAGAUAUGAUUUGGGGCCCGAUGUCAGCCUGCUCAUCAAAGGCGUUGAACCAGGUGACGAAGGUCAGUAUAUUUGCCAAGUCAUACCUGCAGAGACGAGACACAGAGAUGAGGAGGUAGAUCUUCUUGUUGUUGGUGACACCUUCCCACCUAGCAGUGGAGAAUCAUCUACCACCAGUUUCUUGCAAGGACGCAGACAGACGCUACCGUGUCAGUGCGCGUCACAUCCCAACGCAUCAUCUGUAGUGUACUGGUCAAUGGGAGAGGGCAUCACUACAGAUACAGAGAUCAUUGGUGCACGUUUCUCUGAUGGCGCCACCCUGCAGAUUCAACAUGGCGCCGAUUACAGCAUUGGUAGCGACGCUUCACUUACAGUCAACUCCCUGAAUGAUGUACAUGAUAACCAGCGAUUCUGGUGUCAUGUAUUCCAGUCAAAUGAGACUCUAAAAAAUUGCUACACUGAUGUUGAGAAAACAGUUGCUGCAGAUGUGAGACGUCCUACUGAUGAUGCUCUAGAGGCUUCCGAAAAGGCAUUCUACCUGCAAAAAGGACGACGGCAGGUUCUCCCUUGCACGAACUGGACACCGGGCACAGCAACCUGUGCAGUUCAGUGGCUGAAGAUUGACACCACAUACCAGGCUAUCCUCAAUUACACCUUGUCGACCAAUCGGGUGGAAGUGGUCACAGGUUACAAACUGGCCAGUAAUUUCGGUCUCGAUAUCGCCUCAGCCAAUGAUUCUCAUGCUGGGAGGUACCAGUGCAUCUCUGCAAAUUCCAACAAGGUUGAGGAAAUCCAAGUUCGUGUGACAGGAGACAGAUUUCCACUCGAUGGCGGGAGAGCUACUGCUGGUGAAGCCGUGUACUUUGAAUCCGACAGAAAACUGACACUAACGUGCCCUGCCGAUUUCAAAAUCUCCUGGACAACCGAAGCCCUUAUUAUCUGGUCGUACGGAAAACCCACGGAGGAGAACACUGCUGUCAUUGGCCAGCUGAGUCUACCAGAUGGCACCAAGACACUGUCUGAUUUGAAAGACAAAGGCUGCCUCGGCAUUACCUCUGAGGGGUCCCUCAUUCUGAAUAAUUGCUCUCAAGAUGGUGACGUCAGAUACUGGUGUCAUGUCUUCCAAUAUAAAGAGGGGGUUAUCAGAGCAUAUGUGGAUUCGAGGAUUAAAGACACUGAAGUUUCUGACAGGAAUCCUGGGUCACCCUACAUUAUCCCAGUCGUUAUUGGAGUUUGUGUGUUCGUCAUUGCUCAUGCUCUGUUGAUUUUCGUGCUGGUAGUCCGGAAACGAUGGAAACAGUCUGCAAAGUACAAAAGGGCGAAGCAAGAGCCCGUGAGACAUUACGAUGUGUCAAAGAUUGCUGAAAGAAUUAAAACUUUUGUGAAGAAGACAUUUGGCCGAGUUCCCAUUACACCCCGCACUGCUCAGACUGACGGAGACAAAGCCCCGAUGGAUAAGGUGUACAUCCCCACAGAGAUGUUCGUCAACGUGCCGUUUGCAGAUGGUUGUGUAAGAUGUAAGUUACUCUCAGAAUCACAACUACUCGAUGAUGGGAUCUCAGAACUGGCCAAUAGGCAUGUUCUUAUUAGUGGUAAAUCAGGCUGUGGUAAAACUACCAUCUUGGGUAGAGUGAUUUACGAUUGGUCUUUGGGCAGAAAGGAUACAUUGCUGGCUGAGAAAAAGUUAGUCUUUCUGCUACCAGCCGGGCUCUUAACUCAAACCAGAAAUCUUGGCCAAGCAGUUGUUCAACACAUGCUACCUUCACACCCCGCCACAUUGGCAACGUUCAUUAAUGAGUACUGUUCAAACAAUCCCAGUGACGUUGCCAUAUUAGUUGAUGGUUGCAAUGGCAAGCAGGAUAUAGCAACUGUAAUGAGGAUAUCGGAAGACCAAGGUCUUCUUGAAUGUCACUUGAUCAUGACCACAAGAAAUGCAAAAAUUGCUCAAGAUGCGUGCAAACAAUAUAACAUGCGCUCUAUCACAAUCUCUGGCUUUGCACCAGACAAUGUUUGUAAGUACGUUGAAAACAUUAUUCAUAUCAUACGUGAUAAAUCGAAUAACAGAAACACAAAACAAAGAGACACAACUAUCGAUAUCGAUGACUCACAUCCAAGCACUUCGUUAGACUCUCUGCAUGAAAUAACAGGGGAGGAAAAGGCUGAAAUCUCCCCAACGCUUCAACUUUCCCCUGAUGAGUCUUACAAAAAAAGGCAGGGUGAAACUCCAACAAGGACUACAAGCGCAAUACACAGUGGAUCAAUUAUUGAAAGCUCAAGCACAGUUUCAAAAGAUAUGCCAAAAGCAAUAAGCACGGAAAAGGACAGAAUUUCACCUAAUUAUAAUCUUGGGAAGUAUUUAGAGGAGGGUAUUUUACCACCUGAGGUUGUUUGUCUACCGGGUAAUUUAGCGGCUCUUUGUCAAUUAUGUGUGUGGACGAACGGGGGCGCCUUUCACUCUGCGAAUACCAUGAGUGAUAUUUUCUACGAAUUGGUGAAAUGCCUAUUUGAAAGGGGUAAAGUAACAAAUGGUGACAAGUCAGUGAAAAACAACGAGUCAAUGGGAAGAAAAGAGGACGAGGAAGCUUCCAUUGGCAUUGGAUCUCGUCUUGAAACUCUGACAAAAAGGCAGCUUCACAUAGUAACAGAACUUGGCAAGGUGGUUCAAUCUAAGAUCGCUGAACACUAUGAAGGUCCGUUGGCAUUAUCAGAGUCGGAUUUCCUCAACACUGACCAGGGAAAUAGCGUUCUGGAAGCUGCAAUCGAAAUGGGCAUGCUGUGUCAUGUAGAAGAUAGGAACUGGAACUUUGACAUGAAUGCCAUGAAGGUGGAUUCAGACUCAGAGUAUCCGAAACAGGUGUCAAAAUCGAGCAAAAUUCGAUCAUUCCUCAGUAGGAAACAGCGCGUUCUGAAUGAGCCGGAGAUACCACUCAUUAAAUGUGACAGAAAAGUGCACUUCAUCCUUGAGAUACUUGAACACUUCUGCGUUGGUGUGUACAUGGCUCACUCGACUGAAGGCGUAGGCAAAUGGUUGGAAGACGUUUCACGUGUUAUUGGAAUAGAAGACAGUCUCGACAAGAUUUCUAGUUUCAUUAACUUUGCCUGUCGGGAGGGCAAGCCUGGUGAUCGAUCUGCUGUGUUUGAACAACUUGUCAAAAUUGUGAAUACAGGACGAAAAAAGUCAAGCCUCCUAGAAGACGUGCACCUUGUCCAAAAAUGCCAGGAGUUAUGUAUGCAGCUACACUUUGAUUGUAAACUCUUGGGAUCUAUGAACAAAAUGCUGAAUGAGCUUUUCCCGUUGGGCACAGUCCGUUUACUUGGAAUUUCUAGACGCAAAAUUAGGCUUCUAACGUACCUUCUCAAACAUGCACAGAACACCGGAGAUGGUUCUGCCCUAAAUGUGAAAACGAUUGAAUUGUUUCGCAUCGUUCGUACUGAAUGGCCAGGAUUUCGAGAAAUUUUAGGUCUGAUGGCAACUGGAAAAGAUGGGAAGACAUCGCAGAUUGAAGCAGGAGAACCGAAUAAAGAAGCAGACCAAAUUGUCACCUUUGCAAAUCCACAGCAUACAGUAGCAGGAACCGAACAGGAAGGAAGAAUCCCACCUGCCGGUAUCCCUGAGGUGAUUAUUAAGCCAUCAUCACAAGAAGAACUGAAACACAAUUUAGAACAACCAGAUUCCACCAAGGAAGCUGAUGACCCUGUGACCAGAAUGACACCUGAAGAGGAAAAAACCCAAAGUAAAAGCUACAAAUCAGAAGAAGCCCAUUUGGAACCACUUGUCAAUUAUUACAAACGCGAUACCCUGAAGAGAUUACGAGAAAAGGUAGAAUCCAGCAGCCAGGAUAUGCCUGUGUUUCCUUCUCACCAGUCAGAUAUCAGUGUCCUUCAAACCGUGCAGUCUAUGGGUCUACAGGAGCUAGCUGAAUCACAGUUUGGUGAAUGUCACUCAUCUGACGCAGUAAAGGAUUUGGUUCGCUGCUUGCCAGAUGUGACGAUGCUAGAAAGUCUCGUUCUUGUUGGAACGAUUCUGAGUUCAGAAAAUAUCUGUUUCCUGGCAAGGAAUCUGGGCAGACUCCCGAAGUUGCAGACAUUUGAUCUUCGUCUGAAUAAGCUUUUUGACGACUGUGCCUUCGAAGCACUAACCGACUCACUCCAUGCUUCCAAGCAGUUGAAGGACUUGAGACUUUCUUUAUACAAGGUCUCCAUUGAAGGGUUCAACAACGUCAAGAAAAAAAUGGAGAUAGGUGGGGGACCGGCGUGGGAAAGACUGAAGACGCUGUAUCUGCUACACGCCUCCCAUGCAGAAACAUUUGUGGAAUUCUUUUCCAACAGCGUGAAAUAUCUUCGAGAUAUUGAAUCAAUUCACAUCUCAGUCUCUUCCCCAGGAUACAUACUGUCAGACCGUGUAGUCCUAGAGACAAAACAGAACUUGGAAAAUCAGGAGUAUGUGACUCACCUGGAAAGCGUUGACAUUGAUAACAUUGAGAAACUGAAAUUUCAGUUGGCUUCGUUAAAACUCCCCAAGGCGAAAAGAAAAAAAGAAGCAUGGUAUUCUUCAAACCACUGACAUCGGAGGAAAUAUUGGGCAGGUUGCUAAGAAUAUUCCAAGCACUGCGGACAUCAAGGGAUCAGGAAAGGGAGCUUUAGUUGGGGCCAAAGUUGUUGGUAAAGUGUUCGGAAAACCAGGAAAAAUUAUUGGAGCCGCAGCGGGGGCAGUGGUAGGCUCCGUGUUAAAAUGACGACGCAGUGUCUACAUCAUUCUUUGCAUUGACUUAUUUUUACUUUAAAUUAUACG